AGUCCCGUCUAAUAUUGCCGUCGACUACGCCUCCCCCUCCUCCCUCUGUCCCCAACCAAAAACCCUAGCAAAGGCCUUGGUUCCGCCGGAUGGAGAUCGCCAACCACGGCCCCGCCACCGCCGCCGUAGACGGCUUCGAGGUGAUUGUGCCGGAGCAUCCUCUAAUUCGUCACUGGGUCUCUGUGCUGCGCAACCGGGACACGCCCUCGCAGGCAUUCAGGAGUGCCAUGGGAGAGCUCGGGAGAUUGCUCUUGUAUGAAGCAACCAGGGAUUGGCUACCAACAGUAGCAAGGGAAGUCCAGUCACCUAUGGGCCCCGCUGUGGUGGAAUCGGUCAAUUACCUGGAGCCUAUUAUAAUUGUGCCUAUUCUUAGAGCAGGGCUUGCCCUUGCAGAGCUUGCUACAUCAAUUUUACCAUCAACUAGAACUUUCCAUUUAGGUAUGGCUAGGGAUGAGAGAACACUUCAGCCCUAUGUUUACUUGAACAAGUUGCCUGAUAGAUUCCCAAAAGGAUGUCAUAUCCUCCUCAUGGAUCCUAUGCUUGCAACUGGUGGAACAGUAGCGGCAGCAGUUGAUCUGCUGAAGGAUCAUGGAGCUGAGAUCAGUCAGAUAAGAAUUAUAUCUGCUGUUGCUGCUCCGCUGGCCCUUAGGAAGCUUCAUAACAAAUUCCCAGGGAUUUGUGUGUAUGCUGGAGCUAUGGAUCAAACUGUGAAUGAGAAAGGGUUCAUUGUUCCGGGUCUUGGGGAUGCUGGAGAUCGUAGCUAUGGAACAUAGCUCAUAUUCACAGGCCUGCUUAGAAUGUUUAGCAAAGCCAAGGAUAGUGUGAAGAUUUUUUAUUUAAUAUAUUUACUUGGUAACUAAUUUUUGGGAACUCAAAAAUUCAAAUUCCUUUGCGAAUCAGAUGCAAGUUUUCAGUAUGGAAUACUCACGAGCCAGCUUUGAAUACUAUGGCGUUUUCUGUAGUUUCUGAUUUUAGAAAAAAAAUAAGGGGGUGAUUGUUUGGCUUCUA